ACAGCAUGCAGGAGCUGUUUACAGCAGCACUGCUCAGGAAAUGACACAACGUUAGCGCUGCUGUCGGUGGCUUGCCAUGCGAUCUGAGAAUCACCGUACAGAGACCGUCUUUCCGUUUUGUCUUCAGAAUUAAGUGUCGAGUCGUCGUGAUUUUAAACUGUCAUAUUUGUCGAUAGUCAUUUUUUUCGCUGGUGAAUUUUACAUGGCUGUAUUUAUGCUGUUCAUUGUGUGUAGAAUUUAAAUGGGUCUCUAUUUUCAUCCCGAGAUCUGCAGUAUUUCAUGACGAGCUCGGCUUUUCUAGUUGCGCAGCAUGGAGGACAGAAGGACGGGCGCAUCAUCUGGACAUCGGAUAACGCGUUUCAAAGGACAAGCAUAUAAAUUCAAGGCUCGCUAAAUACGCCUUGAAGAAAAAAAUGAAUGGUCGUCGUUUUUGAGCUGGCAGACUGCUUUGCAGGAGACAUUUUGCUGAUCAGACAUGCCGAUACUUGAGGGCAGACGGGGCGCCGUCAUUCUUUCGGCACUGUCAAUCAUCAGUGUAUUCGUUUUUUGUGAAUAUAUCAUAUAUUACCCGACGAUCCUGCAGUGCCACUGGCCCCGGGGGCAUGAAGAGGACGGGGUUCCGGCCCUUCGCGUUUUAUUUCUGGCGGAUACACACCUACUGGGCGCCAUCAGGGGACACUGGUUCGACAAACUGCGGAGGGAGUGGCAAAUGGAAAGGGCCUUCCAGACCGCUCUCUGGCUCCUGCAGCCUGAGAUAGUCUUCAUCUUGGGGGACAUCUUUGACGAGGGGAAGUGGAGCUCCCGACAGGACUGGAAGCAUGACGUCCAGCGAUUUCUGCGGAUGUUCCGACACCCCGGAGACACGGAGCUGAUCGUACUUGUCGGAAACCACGAUGUUGGAUUCCAUUACGAGAUGAACAGGUACAAGCUGGAUCGCUUCGAGAGGCUCUUCAAUUACACAUCCGCCAAGAUUCUCAGCAGGAAAGGGGUUAACUUCGUGCUGGUGAACAGCGUGGCCAUGCAGGGGGACGGCUGCUCUAUCUGCCAGGCUGUCGAGGACCAGCUGCUUCGGCUGUCCCAGGACCUCAACUGCUCUUUGCAGGGCCUGCCGUCAUACGCCGUGCGGGAACAGUGCCGUGGCAGACGGAGCCUGCCUCCCUCCGCUCCCAUCCUCCUGCAGCACUACCCUCUGUACAGAGUCAGUGAUGCCAGCUGCUCAGGCAAAGAUGUAGCUCCACCGGAAGAGCGACACCUGCUGUUCAAAGAACGAUACGACGUGCUCUCCAGGGAGGCCUCCAAGAAGCUGCUGAGGUGGUUUCAUCCCCGCCUCAUCCUCAGUGGCCACACCCAUAGCGCAUGCGAGGUUCUGCACGAGCAGAAGUACCCCGAGAUCAGCGUGCCCUCCUUCAGCUGGAGGAACCGCAACGACCCCAGCUUCAUCCUGGGCACCAUCUCCCCAAGACACUUCGCCCUCCACAAGUGCUUCCUCCCCGAAGAGAGCACGGUCAUCGGUGUUUACUGUGCCACCAGCAUCACCCUGGCCCUCGUUCUCGCUGUCCACAGCCACUCCCUCAGGGCCGGCAAACUCAAGUCCCCAUGAACGGCCUGAGCUUGAGGGAUCCAUUCCCAGCAGAGCAGGCCUGUGUGUGGGCACGCUUGCAAGGCGGCUCAGUUUCUCAUUCUGCUGAAGCGCAGUGGACAUCCACGGUCUUCGCUCCGUCUCUCGUCUGUCCCAUGUAAUGUGAUUGGGGGGAGGGGGGGGCGGUUUUGCACUUUAAAAACUAGAGCCUGUGCACUGAAGUAACAAGCUAAUGCUUAUCUGGGUUUGCUUACUGCAACUGUAAUUUAAACAACCGUACAAAAUACACAGGUCAUGGCUGAGGAGAGAAGCGCAGAGACAGGAGCAGCUGUGGGAGGAAAAGACACAGCUUACUGCUAAAACACCCCCCCGCCCCCCCACUAAAUCAUGUGAUCUGAAGAAUGUCAUCUCCAUAAAAAAUUAAAGAGAAAUAUCCACACAUAUCAAUCUAUGUUUAAAAUAAAACAAGAUCUUC